UUAUACCCUGCAAAGGAAAGCGUCCUGCAGAAGAGCACAGCAUUUUUUUUUUUUCGAUGCAUGACGGCCAGCAGUUCGCCUUGUUGUGUACAAAAAUAACCUGUAGGUGGCUUUGUUGGACUACGUAUGUUUGGGUGUGAUACAGAAAUCGAGACAAGACUAGAUAGUCCAGGCGACAGGUUCGUUGGAAUUACCCUCGACAUCCAUAAUAUUUGGGUAAACUGAAGGAUAUUUUAGUCCCUCUCAACCUCUCUCAUUGCUGUGGUUGAGCUAAGGUCGGACGAAAACCACACAUGGAGUAACUUUCAAGUUUCGAGUCGCUGGCUGUUUGGAAACGAGCUGCUGGAAUCGUGCAAAUAUACUUCUUCGUGCUUUGAGAGUUCUUCACAGCUGUCAUGGCCAGCGUUUUUGGACCGGCUGCCACCCCUUUCCUCGGAUGCAUCGCGCUGCUAGCAGCGGAGAUCCUGACCAUCAUCGCCUUCGCAUCGCCAUACUGGGCCAGUGACGAGAGCAAGUCAUUCGGCUUGUGGCGGAAGGCACAGUGCGCGCAGAAAGAAGUUCUGUAUCGCCAGGACUGCUUACGAUGGGAUUUUCCGUGGUAUGGCGCUGCCUGGCAAGAUGCAGUGAGGGCGAUGGAGUGCCUGGCCAUCAUCUUCUUCGCUAUCCCGCUCAUCAUCCUGCCCGUGUACAUCUACGUGGCGCUGGGCUUGUAUUACCGCUGUCUCAUGGGCUGCAUGGCCGUCUCCGUGCUGCUGGCCAGUGUGUGCAACAUCAUCGGCGUUAUCAUCUACGGCGUCCACAUCGGGUCCAACGAAACGUGGCGCAUCGGCUGGUGCCUCAUCGUCUGCAUCAUCGGCGGGGCCUUCGGGCUCAUCUCUUUCAUUAUCUUUCUCAUCGCCACUAUCAACAAGCCCAACUACACGCCGGAGCAGUACCUUCUGUCCGGGUCAGGGUUCUUCGUCGAUCCCGACCGCAACCGCCUGUAUGUGGUGCAGACUGAAGAGCCCGUCAAAGCCUACUCUAUCUACGAUGGAGCGUCGCAGAUUCAGACUCACCCCUCUCCCACCUUUGGCACGUUCUACGAAGCUCAGAUAAACCCGGCUUUGGAAUCGGAUGACUGAGAGACAACUGCCACUUAGUUCCACCACCCACCCGUGCCCUAUUCUCAGUACCCAGAGACAUGUCCCAGAUUACACUUCUAAAGUGUGGAAACGCUUUAGCGAGUAGGCAUCAUACCCAUCGAGGUUUUUGUUGUUUAUUAACGCUUUUCGCUUCCUUAUAUUUUACUGUAGAUAAAAUAGAUAUUCCAAAAUGCAUAUUCCAGAAUUCCACCUGGUCCUUUUUAAUCAUACACCGUAGCAAUAACGAAAGACAAAACAUGAAAAUCUUAUUAAAACUGUUUGCGAAAAGUUUAAGAUUUUGGACGUAAGCAUAAAUUUAAGAAAAUGGUUUUCCAGAUCGACGCCCUAUUUGUUAUAGUCAGAGAAAUAAAUGGGUACUGAGUUUGUAAUAAACAAAUUCUUUCUUU